CUGCGGGCGGCCCUCGGCGCUCCCCCCACCCCCGGCACGGGGUGGCCUUAAAUCGGCUCCGCGCCGCUCUCAGCCGCAUCGCCGGCGCCGUCUGAAGGCGGUCGUCGCCAUCCGCCGGCAGCGCCGACGGGCCGGUCCCGGUGGCGGUCCCACCGCGGCAGGGAGGACACACCUCCGCCCGGAGGCGGGCGAUGGUCCCCCGGCAGCCCCCGGCCCGGUGCCGCCCCUCGCUCGGCGCCCCGGCAUCUCCGCCGUGACCGGCGCAUCUCGCCAGAGAGAUGCCUGGGCAUUGGAAGCUCUCUGCAGUAUGCUGAGGAGACGUAACCUUCUUACCACGCUCCUGAUCGCCUUGCCAUGGGCUCUCCUCCUAACCUUGUGGCACCAGUACCCAGCCACCCGCUACCUCAGUCUACUGAGAAAAGAGACAGAUGAGAACGUGACCUCUAAAGUUCUCCUCAAUGGUACCUCUACACUGAGAGAAGAAAGCCUCCCAUCAUGCAUUAGGCAACAGCAAAGCAUAGGGGCAACACCUAAAAUCAUUCAGAAUUAUGUGUACUCCAGGCCUCCCCCGUGGUCAGACACCCUGCCAACCAUCUUCGUUAUCACCCCUACCUACACCCGGCCAGUGCAAAAAGCUGAGCUGACCCGUCUGGCCAACACCUUCCUACAUGUACAGAACCUGCACUGGGUGGUGGUGGAGGACUCACCCCGGAGGACCAACCUGGUAUCCAACCUGCUGGAGAAGGCAGGGCUCAACUUCACCCACCUCAAUGUGGAGACACCCAAAAGUCUGAAGCUGGGGCUGUCCUGGAUCCCAUCCCACACCCCAAGGGGGACACUACAGAGGAACCUGGGGCUGCACUGGCUGAGGGACACCUUCAGCAAUACCGCACCACCGGAAGGGGUAGUGUAUUUUGCUGAUGAUGAUAACACCUACAGCCUGGAGCUCUUUGAAGAGAUGCGCUACACAAGGAGGGUGUCAGUCUGGCCAGUGGCUUUCGUUGGAGGGCUGCGAUAUGAAUCCCCAAAAGUGAGCCCAGCGGGGAAGGUGGUGGGCUGGAAAACCGUCUUUGACCCUAACCGGCCCUUUGCUAUUGACAUGGCUGGAUUCGCUAUCAGCAUCAAGCUGAUCUUGGAGAAGCCUCAGGCCAGUUUCAAGCUGGAGGGAGUUAAAGGAGGUUACCAGGAAACCAGUUUGCUGAAGGACCUAGUGACUAUGGACGGGCUGGAGCCCAAAGCAGCCAACUGCACAAAGGUGUUGGUCUGGCACACAAGAACUGAGAGGCCCACUCUGGUUAAUGAAGGAAAGCGUGGAUUUACAGACCCCAGAGUAGAGGUGUAAGCAGAGAGCCAGCUCCAGGGUGGGCAGCGGACAGUGAUCGUUCCCGAAAUUUGUCAGCAACCACAGCAGCUGCGCACGCCACCUGUUCUGCCCGGCCCUCUGCUCCACUGCUGGAGGAUGACAAACGCCCCCAAACGUAGCCACGCUGAUCAGCUCCCACUGCCCGAAAGGGGGUAACAGGCAGGGACAGACCUGAUGUGGCACCCUGCGAUCCUACAGCUCUUCACCUUUGACUUUGUGCCCUGGCUCCCGUUCCCCACCUGGGAGAGGAGUGCUUCUCUUCCCCCGUGGGCUCUGUGUUUUUAACCAUUCGUUAAAAUGUAUUAGAUGCGAUCUCCAUUCUUGGCUGUGCCAGCACAGAGGCUGAAAUCCAGGAUGGGUGCGCGUGCCUCUGAAGAUCCUGCCUGGCAUAUCAUCAGACCUGAGCUUCAGUACAGCAGCUGUGAGCUGCGGUGGUUCAAGGACAGGAGUUGUCACAAAAGCACAAACAUGGACCUGUCAGCCUGAGAUUGGUAUGCUCUCAAAACAGCUUUAAAACAAAGCUAGCCUGAGAGAUGAUCUCCCUCUGAAGGAUGCACUCAGAUACCUACACGGAUCAGCCUUCAGUGCUGGGGAGGGAGAUGUGCUGAAGCACCUUGUUUUGGGUUUGGGAGUUCAGAAGGGAUCUGGUGCCUACGCCUCAGCUGAGAACUUGAACUGCCCUCACUUAAGGUUGUUUUGGAGAAUGCCAUCCCAGAUCCCCAGGCUCAGAGCCCUCUAGAUAAAGUUCCUCUCCCACUCAGGGAGACUCAGCAGGUACUGCACCUCAAAGGCCAUGCCUCCAUGUCUCACUUCAGAGACCAGAAAGCCAGGGCAAAGAUGGGUGGACUUGAAAGUGUUGUUCCUAGCCUGGAACCCUGCUGCAGCACUGUCAGACACUUCAGUAGCCUCGGAUCAUACAUACGGACUUGCUUCCUAGACCUCCAGAGAGGAAGACACCUCUUCUGGGGUGGAGGUGGGUGAGAAGUGCUCAGAGAAAAGGAACCCUCAGCCUGCACUCAUCUCCUGGGAGAACGUCGAGGAAUGUGGAGAUACAUCAUCAGGAAACAUAUCUUGAGCACGCAGAUGACAACUGAAAUAGCAAAUGUGACAAGGUUUUCCAGUGGAACUUUGAAAGGCGUGUGUGGCCUUGUGAAGAGAGAGGAAACAGUGUCAUAUGGAAGGGUUUCCCUUUCCCUCAGUAAAAGAGGAUGACAGCCAGGUGGAAAGCAGCCCACAAAGGAGGAGGUGGCAAAUGAGGACCGAAGGAAGGAUGCACUGGAUUAAAAGCACAAGUGUUGGUACCAUGUGUGUGCGUGGGGGGGUGGUGUCACUGUGACUUUUCCAGGAAGAUUCCUUGAAGGACCCAGAAACCCCAUUGAGCACAUCCUGAAAACCAUCUUCACUCAGGCCAUGAGAAUCAAGGCUUUCAGGUGUUCAAAACACAUCAAGGAUUUCACAGCUGGGGGGAAGUUAGGAGCAAUUGGCUCAUCCCCUGCCCAAAAAAUUCUGGGCUGGCAGGAGACUUAUUUAUUUGUUGGUUUAUUUAUACUAGAAUUCUUCUCUGCCUAUUCCUUGUUUAGUUUUGUUUUUCAGCUGAGAUCACCUGACAUGUUCAUGAAGAAACAAUAUUUCCCCUCUCGCCACAGACUCUCGCAGAAGAACAGCAGAGCUUGGUGUUCACCAAUGAAUGUCAUAUGUUCUGUGCUCCCUGGGGUUUUUUUAACAAUGGUGUCUUAAACUGGCAAAAUAAUCAGAAACACAGCAAGGAAGGGAGAACAGCGAAGGGAAUUACAGUUCCUUUAUGCAAGAGACGUGGGUGGCACUAAGUUUCUGGCUCCCAAGUAAUCAUAGUGAGGUAAAAAUGUGUGCAAAGGAGUGCCUCACUCAGCAGAUAGUCCCCAUGGGAUCUCAGGAAGCCUCCAUGAAGGGGGCUCUUCGAAGGGUAUCUGAGAGAGGGAUUCGGUCCCUGUUCCCUCACAAAGGAAAUGAGCAGCCGUGCAUCCUGUUAUGGGAGUGGGGCUAAAGUACAGGAGGGGGCAAAGGAGGUGAGAUGCCUGCUAUCAGAGAGGAAGGCAGGAGAAAUCAAAGGAUAGGCAGCAAAUGGAAAAGUGGAGGCUGAAUUUAGUGAGGUUUAGGGCAGGGUCUUUCCAGAUGAACACACCCACCCUGCCAGUCUUCUCGGCAUGAAGGAAUACCGAACGGGCCAUGAAAGCGGUGCCUUCUGUGGGCCCUAGAAAGGUCCUUACAGAGCAAGGGUCUGGCAUACUGGCACUGGAUACCAUGGAGGAAGCCUGGCAUCUACAAAGCACUUUUCAUUCUCCUUCAUGGGAGUUUUGUGUCCUGUCCUCUGCAGGAGGUAACAGGCCUUGCACUCCAGUGGGCUUCGCCGAUCCAUCCCUGCCGCCAGGCGGGCGGGCCCAAUGCUUCCACCCAGCAUUAAACCAAGAUUAAGUCCACUUCUUUGUGGUUUCAAUGAAUAAGCAAAAGUGAGGGAAUAAAGGACUUAUGAUCCUCCAUUUUCCCCUCCGAGAUGGGCAGGCUUUCUGCCCGUAUGAACAGGAGGGGAUAUGAUGAUGAAUUCCCUGGCUUUUAAUCGCACGCAGGUCCUAUGCAGGGUUUUGGCACUGCCUGUAUGUGUGUGUAGCAAGGGUCUAUUCCUCCACACACAUGUUUUUAGAGAGUUGUUCUCUCUGCAUCCCUGUAAGAAAACAAAAUUAUUUUUCCUGUUUUUCCCACUGGGGACCUGGACUCCAGUGAUACGAGCUGCACUGUCAGUUCAGUGCCGGUUGGAGCCUGCUCUCACGACCAGCCCUAUCGCACCGCCUCCGUUCUUGCCCCAGCCUGGCCCUAUGGAAGAGAUUUUCCGCAAAUCAAGAAAUUCUGUCAGUCACUAAAUUGUGCAGAACCAAGCCCUUGUAUGGACAGUGUGGAUGUGGACGGCUGAUGUUCUAGGCUAGCAGACAUUUGGACCUGUUCAGCACAAAUACUCUUUCCUCUGUAGAGCAGCCUAAGGACAACAAGGACUACUGCCGGCUGAGGUGUAUCAGCUAAGGGUAGGUAAGUAAGAGACACCACAAGUUAAGAUGCCUGUUUGUUAGCAGGGCUCAGUGGGAGAGCACAGGAGUGGAGCAGUGGUCAGAGUUAGAGGCUUCAGGGAAAACGAAUGCAGUGAAUGCAAUAAGAAGGGAAGCUGCAGAUCAAGCCUGAAGUGUUUAAAGAAGAGAAGGCAUCCCAGCGCCUGGUUUUUACUAGCAUAUUAGUAUGUGAUAUUCAUGUUCUCUGAAAUUCAUCCAAUUAACCAACCAAUGAAUAUUACUAACAUUUCCUGUUGCAGAAAAUACUAUUGACUAAGGAAAGAGAAUGUCAAGAAAGUAAUUUUUAAUGGUUAUUUAUUUAUAUUGAAUGGUACUAGAGCGUUAUUAAAUAUGAUGUGAAUAGUACAA